GCUCCAACUUCCUGCUGGCUUCCACAACACCCCGGCCCCUCUUCACAAUGGCAGAAUACUGGAAGUCUACCCCAAAAUACUGGUGCAAAUUCUGCUCCCUCUACGUAAAAGACACCAAAUUCGAGCGCCAACAGCAUGAAGCCACCGGUCGCCACCAGGGCAACAUCCAGCGCUCUCUAAAAGGUCUCCACCGCGAGCAAGAAGCGCAAGAGCGCCAGAAACAGCGAGCGAAAAACGAAGUUGCGCGUCUCAACGGACUCGUCCCCAGCUCCUCGUCUUCCACCGCUGGUACACCGGUAGCGGGAAUCAAACCUACGUUCACAAAACAGGACGAGAAGAAAGCGACGCUCGAGGACAGAAAGCGGCAAUGGAACCAGCUAGCUGCUAUGGGUAUUGCGCUGCCGGAGGAGGCGAGGGGCGACAUGGCAAUAGCGGGAGAGUGGAAGGUGGUUAGUGAGCAGGUUGUAGGUGAGGUGGAUGAGCAGGGAGAGUUCAGGCCGGUGCUGAAUAAGGGCAUACAUAAGAGGAAGCUGGACGAGGAUGAGGAGGAGCAGGUUGCGGCGAGGGAGAUGAUCACGAAAAAGAAAGGUUGGGGUCAGACGUACAAGAGCUUCCCUGGGAAGAACACAAACAAGGACGACGACGUGGAGGCCCUAUUUCAGAAAGGCAAGAAAGCGGAAACUAAGGAUGAGCAGAGCGUGGACGCCAAGAACGAGGUGAAGGACGAACCGGGCGUCAAGGAAGAGGACGCGCCGAGUUUGCUGCAAGCUAUCCCGACUGAGGAAGAAGAGGCUGCAAGCACGAAGACUGGGAGACCUGGCAUCGCAGAAUCAUUGCUGAAAGAGGAGGAGGAUGCACCGGCGCCGGUGGUGGUGUUCAAGAAGCGGAAGAAGAUCGCUCGGUGAGAUGGAGCAUGGGCAAUCUUGGUGAAUACUCUACGGCCGGAGAGUUUUAGCAAGCUGAUCCAGAGGGCUUCUAAAGAACUUUCGGCUCGGAUACCGACGCCGCCCCAAGAAUGGAUGUUGGACUCGAGAGCCUGACCACCCAGGCCGCUUAAUUGCUGUUUCUUCCGUACUUCGGACCAUUGCUUGCGGUAUGCGUUCAGCAUAUGUCAAUCGCUGUAGGACUGAGCAUCUAGUAUUCAUGUCCAUUGCAGCUGUUGAUGCACGCACGGUAGUGAGGGGCAGAAAGUGAGAGUUGGGUCAUAAUGUGGAUAUCCCAUUGUCUGGUGAACACGGACUCAAAAGCAGAAAUGCUGCCUAUAGAAUACUCAUGCAUCUCGAAAC